AUGCUCCCCGCCGGCAGUGCCGCCCUCCAGACACCUCCGGCGACCUCCGGCGUUCAUCCCCGGACGUCCCCGAAGCCGUCGGCCGCCGCUCUUCCACUCUGCGGCCGUCCAGAGCUGGUGCGGGCCGAGGCCGAGCCACCUCGGCCACCGCACGAUACUGCCGCCCACGGAGGGGCGCAUCAUGAUACCCUAGGCCUCCGGCGACAGAUCGACGUCGCCACGACCUCCUCCGGUCGUCGCCUUGCCGCCGGCGCCCUUGAACCCGAGAGUAGCUUGGCGGAUUGGAUCGCAGUCGCCGCGCCACCGGCCGCCUCCCGCCGCUCGCCAGCACCUGCCCUAGACCCCAUCGACCGGCCGCGCUCGUCCCUGGCCGGAGCUCCCGCCGUCCGGCCGCCGCCGGCCAGCCCUAGCUCUGCCCUGGCUGAUAAGCAAUGUUUUUGCUGUUCUGCGCAUUGUUUCGGUUUGGGAUCAAUGUUCCGGUGA